GUUUUGAUCCCAAAUUGAUCUUAGAUGAAUUUAUUGAUAUAGAAAUGAUGAUGAUGAUGACAAUGACGGUGAUGUGAUUUGUAUGUUGAUGGUAACAUACUUUCUGGAAUAAGGCGCGCUUUUCAUCUAUUUCAAAAUUUAAACAAAUGACCUAUAGUCACUGGUGUAUUUUACAAUCUAUCCUACUACAAUCAUUGGAAGUCACUAAUUUUGUAAAUUGAAAGAAGUUUUGUGGAUUAAAUCUCACACAUAGUCUUCCAGCUUCAAUUUCUUAUCAUAGUGAUGUUGAGAAGAUAGAUAUUGGACUAUUUCUCGGCUAAAUCCGAUCACUCCUAUAUCAUAGCAAAAAAGGUAAAAUUUAUUGCUGUAAAUCAUGGAAGAUAUAAAACCUACUGUGAAUAUUCUCCCUCCUGAUAAACUGGAUGUUGUUGACCAGUCAAAGAUGAUUACGAGGACAACACAUCCCCUGUCUACUGGAAUCACUACACUUUCUUUGACAAAUGAAACAAUUCAUCAAGAAUUAUCCCCACCAAUUCUAAUGGUGACAAGUCCAACUGAAAAUAAAACCUAUACAAUGGAUUUGCCAUGUCCACCGCUUACAUACAACCCUCAGAAUAAUAAUAACUGCAGUAAUUUGAGGGCAAGUUGUAGUGGGGUUGGUAAAAUGAAUCAGCUGACUGUAAAUACUGUAGAUUCAAGAGGUUUGACCUCUUUAUCAAAUAAAUUAAGACGUUAUAGUGAUCAAGGUGGAAGUAGACCGUUGACAAAAAAUGAUCCGGAUUAUUCCACUCAAUAUAAACGUCAAAGUUUAUUCAAUAUUAAUUCUGAGUCGAAUGUUCAUGAUUAUUAUAAUAAGAGUAGUCUUUAUCCUCCGACAAGAACAAAGAACACGUCAUCGUCUAAUGUUGAUCUGUUAGCUGAAGCGAUAUUACAAAUGAGCAGUACUCUGAAAAAUCCUAAUAAUGAUUAUCCUUCGAAAUCAAAGAAUGACUGUCGUCGUUCCACUCUGGGAUGUGCUGCAACUGGCUGUUUCCCCUUAAAGCUUCAUUCUUCACAAAAACCAUGGAGUGCAGUAAGUGAACAUAAAGAAUCAUACAUUCCAAAAUGUUCAUCAAAAGAACACUCGAAUUCAGCCAACACAAUGAAUUCAGCUUUGCUUUCAACUGCCCCAACGAAUUCCCGCAGGAACUCUGAAUUCAAUCAUAGUAAUCAACAAAAGACGAGUUUUAAUCAAACAAGUGAAGAGUCAUUUAACAAAUCACCUUGUAAACAACAUCUAUGCAGUCAUCAUAAUCCUGACGAACAAAAACUGAAACAUAGUGAUGUUUGGACAAAUCAAAAUAAAGAAGUUGACCUCUUCAAGUGUCAUCCAAUCAACUUGGAUAGCAAUAAUGCUAACAAUAGUAGAAACAGUUAUGGACAAAAUCACCUCAUGAGUCCUGUAGCUCACAAGCCACCCUCAGAUUCAACGAAUGUCAUCUCCUUAUAUGUACCAAAUUUACCUUUGACAAAUAAAAGUCUUAGUACUGAUGCUGAACUUACACAGAGGAUUAGGCGUGUCUCAAUGAUGCUACAAAGUAGACGAAAUAGUACAACACAAGCGAUCAGUCAACGCAAUGAUCCUGUAAAUCAUGAUUUUACAAAUCUCGCUCGUUCUGGAUGUCCAAGUCUUCUUUCAAAAGAAGGCAUAAAAGAUGAACACAGAAUGAAAUUGAGAAGCACCUCUGUGGAGACUGACAGUUACUCAGGUAGUCCAGUGAAAAAGACUCGAAUCUCUGAUCAAAUACAUCAUCAUACGUCAUCAGUUGAUGAGACAACAGAUUUGAACAAAGAAAAGUUGAAAACUUAUGAAAACAGAAAUAAUUUCAAUGAUAAAAGUAUUGUAUUUACAAAUAAGUACAAAAGAGAACGUCGAUUAACAGAAAGGCUAUCCAAAGGUAUCGGCUAUCAUCUUGGUAGAAGGCGACGACUUCUUGAAAGUCGUAGGCGAAUGGCUGAUUUUGCAUUGGCUUUUAGUAUAUUCGGUAUUUUAGCAGCAUUCUUGGAUAUUGAAUUUAUUUCCCGUUCAUUGUAUAAUAAGAAUAGUAUCUACUCAAUGGUUAUGCGUACACUGAUCAGCCUUUCAACUGUCAUUCUUCUAUUACUCAUCAUGUUUUAUCAUACUUACGAUAUUAUGGUAUUUCUAUGUGAAGAAUAUACAAAAGAUUGGCGAAUUUGUGUGACAAAGUAUAGAGUAAUACAAAUUAUUACUGAAUUAUUUAUUUGCUCAAUUCAUCCAUUCCCCGGAAUUGAUUUAUUUUUUGAUCGUCCAUUCCCAGUGACUAAUUACAUAAAUUAUAAACGAAGUCAUCCACUACACCAUUUAGAUGAUCAUUUCAGUCCAUAUUUAUUGUUAAUUUUACCAAUGUUAUGUAGACUGUAUUUAGCUUUACGUGCAUUACUGCUACACUCGAGAAUGUUUAACGAUGCUGGUUCAAGAAGUAUUGGAGCAAUGAAUAAGGUCAGUUUCGAUUUACAAUUUGUACUGAAAACAUUAAUGACGCUGUGUCCUGCAAAAGCCUUGCUGAUCUUUAUUACAACUAUAUGGGUGAUAUUCAGUUGGACGUUAAGAGCCUGUGAACUUGAACAAGGAGAAAACCAUCUGAGUCUGUUGAAUUCCGCCUGGCUAAUAUCAGUAACAUUUUUGAGUAUUGGUUAUGGCGAUAUUGUACCACAUACGAGUUGUGGUCGUUUAAUUGCAGUUGCAACUGGUCUAAUGGGUUCUGCGUGUACUGCAUUACUAGUAGCGGUAUUUUCAAGAAAACUAGAAAUGACAAAAGCAGAGAAACAUGUCCUACAUUUUAUGGAAUCAAAUAAAUUAACAAAAAAGGUGAAACAUUGUGCAGCAAAUGUACUCAGAGAAACUUGGCUGUUGUAUAAAAAUGCUAAACUUAUGCCAACAUUUAACCCGCGUCGUGUAAGAGCACAUCAAAGGAAAUUUCUUCAAGCUAUUUACAGACUGAGAACAAUGAAGGUCAGGCAACGAGAAUUGCAGGAUAAAUCAAACUCACUGGUUGAUUUAGCAAAACUUCAAACGAAUGUCUAUGAAAGAGUUGCCGAUAUUUCACUACGUCAAGAGGAUUUUCAAAAUCAGCUGACAAAUAUUGAAGAGAUGUUACAGAAUAUACAGAAGACGCUGAUGCAACGCAGACAAUCUGGUACCGUAGCCUUGGAUAAGAAAUAAACACGUAUCAACCAGAAAAUAAAAAUUAUUUAUGUAUAGAUUGUAUUCUUUGUAGAGUGAUAAUUAAAGCCCCCAACUCCCUCCACACAGACAGACUCAAACACACACACACACAAACGUAUACCUUGUAAUCUUGUAUACAACCUGUAUAACAUUAUUAUAGUAGUACUACUAUUAC